CUGCCGCUCUAAUUAACAGCAAAAUUUUAUCCUGGCCGUCUGCGUAAAGGUCCGCUUUUCCUUUUGACAGCGGGAGCCAGGUACCGAUAAAUUUCUCCCCAAAAUUUUCGAUAUAAGACAGGUUGUCACUCCUCAUCAUCAUCAGUCCGUUAUAAUGAGCGUUGAACAAAAGAAAUCUUCCUGUCGCCAGGUUCUCAUCAUUGUGCUUGUUGCUCUCCUCGCCAUCUUCAUCGGCCUGGAUCAAAUUAAGGAGCGCUUCUACAUCUUUGAUCAGAACGUUCUCCAACAAGUUGCGCAACGCAACAUUGCAAAGUAUGAGAACAACACCCGUUUGUUGAUGCAAGGUAUCGCUGACGACUUGAACAAGGAAUAUCCUGGUCACGUUGCUCUCAAGGAAGAAUGGGUCUUCAACAACGCUGGUGGUGCUAUGGGUAGCAUGUGGAUUCUCCAUGCUUCUAUCACCGAGUAUGUAAUUAUCUUUGGCACCCCUGUCGGUACUGAAGGCCAUACUGGUCGCUUCAUGGCCGACGACUACUUCAUCAUCCUCGAAGGUGAACAAUGGGCUUAUGCCGCUGGUGAUGUUAGCCGUGAGGUUUACAAGCCAGGUACCAUGCACCAUCUUGCCAGAGGUAACUCUCAGCAAUACAAGAUUCCUGAACAUGCUUGGGCUUUGGAGUAUGCUCGUGGAUGGAUCCCCUUGAUGUUGCCUUUCGGUAUCUUUGAUACCUUGUUCUCUACCGUCGACAUGGUUACUCUUUACGAUACUUUCCGUCUUUAUGGAAAGGCUACUGUUAGAGAACUCUUGCAAGGAAAAUUGUAAAUGAUAAUCGUUAUCUAAUCGCGAUCCAAAAAUUGCUUGAUCUUUGCUUUCCAUCGUUGUAGACCUUAUUUUUAAAGGAAUCUAAUGUUUCUAAUAUUAGUAUUAAUACUGAAGCAAUUAAAAGCUUAUUAAUUUAACUAUUUUUUGAGGUACUCAAAGAUGUCCAUCCAUUAGCUAGCAUAGGAAUGGUCCUACUUUCUCAUGUAUACUUCUCAC